UUAAACAUUAGCAGGAUGUAUCAAACAUCCUAAAACCUGGUCGAGGAGGCCAUCUCGCACCUGUGCGCGGCGGCCAUGCCGCGCUGCCUCCCGGUAGCGGAUCUGGGGUGCUCGUCGGGCCCGAACGCGCUGGCGCUGGCGUCGGCCGCCGUCGACGCCGUGCGGCGCCACCAGCCGUCUGUGGCGGAGCAGCGGUGCCGGGAGAUCUCCGUGUACCUCAACGACCUCCCGAACAACGACUUCAACACCGUGUUCAAGGACGUGCCGCCGUUCCUGCGGGAGCACGAGGAAGCCGAGAGCGGCGGCGAAGGGCCGCUCGUCAUGGUGUUCGGCGCGCCGGGGUCGUUCUACGGCCGGCUCUUCCCCGCCGAGACGCUGCACUUGGUCUGCUCCUCCUUCAGCCUCCACUGGCUCUCCCAGGUUCCGCAAGAACUGGUGGAUGGACUAUGGAGUGCUGAUAAACAAGGGAAGCGUCUCGGCGGGGAGGACGAGCUCGCCGGCGGUCAACGCAGCCUACACCCGGCAGUUCGAGCAGGAUUUCAAGCGCUUUCUGGCGGCGGGAGCGGAAGAAGUCGUCCCCGGCGGAUGGAUGGUGCUCUCCCUCUGCGGUAGGCCGGCCAAUGAUCUAUCCAGCUAAGACAGGUACCCGGAGUUCAUCGCCGAGAUCCUACAGGACAUGGCAUCCCAGGUGGUCAUACAGAUGCUGAAAUGCACGGCGGCAAGUAGGAUCCGUUUGCUUGCCAAUGCCUGCUUGGCUGACGGCGGAUCGACUUGCAGGGGGUGCUCGCGGCGGCGAAGGUGGACUCGUUCAACGAGCCGUUCUACAGCCCCUGCCUCGAGGAGCUGCGCGGCGCCGUGGAGCAGGAGGGAUCCUUCGAGAUCCUCGGCCUGGAGAGGCACGGCAUCCUGGAGAGAGGGCCCCGAGGAGCAAGGCCAUGGCGAGGUUCAUGCGCGUGCUGGACGAGUGGCUUGCUCGUCCAGCACUUCCGGGUCGAGGGCAUCGGGGACGCGUACGGCAGGGCGGCGGAGGAGCGGUUCAUGGGCCCCGCCGCGGAGGAGGACACUACGGUCGUCGUCCUCGUCGUCUCUCUCAGGAGGAGAAAAUAGCGGUGGCCAGGCCAUCUGUGCCUUCGCAAAAAAUGCCAUUCCUUUCCGAGUGACCAUUCUGUUGUACCAGUGUUGAAUGGUACUGCAAACUACAUUAGACCUCAAGUCCUCAAUCAUAAGUCAGGCAAUCAGCCACUGUAUUUCUUCAGCAAGCUAUUCACGUUUCUCAGGCAGCAAGGAAAGUAGAGGUAAGCACUGCCACUGGUGGAGCUGAAAGCCAUGGUUGAA